AUGGACUUGCUGGCUAAGAAUUUGCUAUCCGGCAAGACUGACAUGGUUAAGGCUGUGGAUGCUCAAGGUACCAUAUCUGCAGGAGCUGAUGCUGAGGCCAACUACGUGAUCGUGGAGAAGGAGGUAAGUGUUGAUGAAUCAGAAGGAAGAAAUCCAGUGAAGUCUGAGAAGGUGAAUGGCUUUAUUAACAUGUCAGAGAAAGAAGACGACAAAAAGAGGAAGUGGUAUGGAAAUAAAUUGCCAAGAACACCACCUCCAUUUCUGCAGAGGUUGAAGAAUAAAAAAAAUAAUGAAAAAUUUAGCAAGUUCAUGGCAAAGAAGAAAGUAAGUUGUGAGAUGGUGGAAAAUCUCCACCAUUGUAGUGCUGUUUCAUCACAGUCCUUAGUACAGAAAAAGCCUGAUCCUGGUGCUUUCACUAUUCUGUGCAUAGUAGGACCUGUGAAAUUUGAGAAAGCUUUGUGUGACCUUGGCGCAAAUAGGUCAAUCAAAAGACCUAUGGGUAUUCUACAUGAUGUGCUGGUGAAAGUGGCCGACUUCAUUCUCCCUGCGAAUUUUGUGGUUCUAGACUAUGAUGUUGAUUUUAAGGUGCCUAUUAUUCUGGGAAGAACAUUAUUGGCCACAAGGAGAGUGCUAGUUAAUUUGGAGCUCAAUGAGCUCAAUUUUUGA